UAGCUGCCACAUACAAGUCGGCCAUAUUAGAGAGAUGGAAAUAAAGCUUCCUUAAUGUUGCAUAUGUCUUUGAAGUACAUCCCUGCAUUUUCUUUUUUAGCAUCUAACCAUUCCUCCCUUGUGGUCCUUGGUCCCUCAAUCACCCUUUCCCACAGCCCACCCGCCUAACAUCACAGUCUCUGAAAAUGCACAGGGAUGCCUGGCUACCUCGCCCUGCCUUCAGUCUCACGGGGCUCAGUCUGUUUUUCUCUUUGGUGCCCUCGGGGCGGAGCAUGGAAGUCACAGUCCCCACCACUCUUAGUGUCCUCAAUGGGUCUGAUACCCGCCUGCCCUGUACCUUCAACUCCUGCUAUACCGUGAACCACAAGCAGUUCUCUCUGAACUGGACUUACCAGGAGUGUAGCAAUUGCUCAGAGGAGAUGUUCCUCCAGUUUCGAAUGAAGAUCAUCAACCUGAAGCUGGAGCGGUUUGGAGACCGAGUAGAGUUCUCGGGGAACCCCAGUAAGUACGAUGUGUCAGUGACUCUAAAGAACGUGCAGCUAGAAGACGAAGGCAUUUACAACUGCUACAUCACCAACCCUCCAGACCGCCACCGUGGCCACGGCAAGAUCUACCUGCAGGUCCUUCUAGAAGUGCCCCCAGAGCGGGACUCCACGGUGGCAGUCAUCGUGGGUGCCUCAGUGGGGGGUUUCCUGGCUGUGGUCAUCUUGGUGCUGAUGGUGGUCAAAUGUGUGAGGAGGAAAAAAGAGCAGAAGCUGAGCACGGAUGACCUGAAGACCGAAGAGGAAGGCAAGACGGAUGGAGAGGGCAACGCGGAAGAUGGUGCCAAGUAACCGGAAGCUUGCCCUGAAGCCCCUCCCUGUGUCCCGUCUUCUCUCACUCUCUGCCCUGUACAGUGUGACCCUGCCUGCUCUCACUUGGUGUGCUUCUCUUGAAUAGGACCCCAGGAUCGACCUGGGGCCUCCCUUCCAAUGCCCCCACCCCCAUACCAAGGACGACCUCCCUCCCCUUCAUCUGAAAACUGCCUUGGUAUCUGAGAUACGCGCGAGUCCCAGGGAGAACAGAGAGGGCUCUAGCCUGUCAGUCUUUGAGGAAGAAAGACCUGUGUGGUCCCAAAGACAGGAUUGGGGAGGGAGGGCAGUGGGAGAAGAGGCCGUCUGCCCGUCUUGUCUAGGGUUUGGUCUUGUGGUGGUUUAAACUGUGGGAAUGGCAGUGUGUGUGGUGGGGGAUUCUGUGCUGAUCAGAGGCACCAUGGGAAUGACUCGUGAUGAUGAUGGCUUUGCUGUAUUCCUCUGGCUACUCCUAGCCCGGAACAGCCAUCAGCUGGGGAUGAAGGUGGGGUCCUACCAUUUGUGAAAGUAUUAUUUAAAGGGAUGACUGUGCAUUUCCAGGGCACUCAAGGAAAGAUAGGGCUGAGGCAUUUCUGGGCAGAGCCUUGGCCCAGAGAACUCUGUUCUGGCCUCAUUUCUAUCACUAGCCACUCCCAGAGAGGCCCUGGUUUACUGUUGGCUACUGCUCCCUUGGGGAUGCUGGCAAGAGCGCUACUGGAAAAGCGGCAUCAGGUAAGAUCAUAUGCUACCCUAGGGAUGCUCCUUAAGAGACCUGUGAGGGCCUGAGGGGUACGGGCUUCACUGCGUACAUGUGGCUGCCUUCUCCAACAAGAUGAUUACCUUGGUUUCAGCCAGCAGCUGCCAAACCUCAGAAUGGGGUGUGUUUUUUGUGUGUGUGUGUGUGUGUGUGUGUGUGUAUGGGCAACUUCCUGCAGGGCUUUAGUUUGGGGGUUUCUAGUUGCCCUUGGCAGGGGUUCUGUCUGGCUUUUGGCAAGAAGGAAGAGAAGGCUGGAGAGCAUGUAAUAUGAGAGCAUUCUGGAGGAGCCUGUGAGCUCUGCCCCUCCCCCACCCCCAGAGCUCCCUUUAUAGGGGAGAAAGUCGCUCCUGUGGGAAAACAACUUUCACUGCCAUUUUACUAUCAUUAUAAGGGACUUGUUAAGUCCAGAAAUGGGAGAAAGGCAGGGCAGAAAUGGCUAAUCGGAGAGCACCGUGUUAGGACACGCUCAGAGAACUGGCACAGAGCCUCCUGCAGAAUGAAGUUCCAAGUGACCGACAGAAGCUAAAAGUAUUGCCCAUGAUCUGGCUCCCUGGUCCCCGGUUAGAACAAACAGAGCUUCCUGGUGGGAGAACCUCGAGCCUAGGAGGUGUUCGUACAUGGUAGCGGUGGGGUCCGUCUAGCCCUGCUCCCCUUCCAGAAACUCAGCCCCCACAAGCUCAGGGUAAGUUAGCUGUUCAGGGUAGGGAAAGAGUGUGGUAGAGACAAGACCAAGACAGUCUCAGGGACCAAUACUUGCCUCUGCUUAUCAGAUAGCCACUCAAAGAGACAAUGACAGCAGAUGGAAGGUUCAGCUUAAUUCAUUUCAACCCAACAACCAUUUACCGAGUUUAUGCUGUACUCCAGGCACUGUGCUGGGUGCCAGGGGUGCAUACAAAGCCAUAACAGAGUCAGGGACUGCCAAAUCUGCACUGUAGGACCAAGAUUAAAUUUUUCUUCCUUUCUUUCCUUUUCUUUUCUUUUCUUUCUUUCUCUCUUUCUUUUUUUAUGCAUCUACUUCCACCUCCAUAGCCACUGCUUCCACAAGAGGUCAGGAGGAUAAGACUUUUGAUUUGGGGGUUUGGGAAAGUAAGGCUGCAAGGGGAGGGGGAAGGUACUGUUAGAGAGUGUACAGAGGUCAUGUAGGUUGGGCAUGAAGUAGGGGAUGGGUAAGCAGCCAGAGGACUCCUGGGUAAGGUGAAUCUAACCCUUCUGGAAGUUCUAAACUCUUUGGCUCAGAACCUAACUGCCAGAGAACACACUGCCAAUGGGAGUGGGCGAAACCACCAGGGUGCCUGGAGCAGGUGGAUACUGCCUAUCCUUCCAGCAAGCCCACUAGGGGUAGAGAGAUGGGUCAUGGGCUCCUCAAGCCAGCUGAAUCCAAGGGUGGUGGUGUUUGGUAGCUUGGAGCAGCCAGUUUUCAUCACCUGGCAUGUGCCGUCUUCUUUCACGGUGCACAGACAAGGGACUUGGCUUUUGCAAAGUCUCCUAACAUUUUGGGGGGAGUGGUUACUUGGGAGAUUCCCCCAGAGGGUCGUACUAAUAAGUGGCCUCUUAAAGAGGUAAAGUUUCUAGGGGUCUCUUUCUUUUCUGUCCUGAAAGAAUGGGGUCCAGGGAAAGCAACGCCUGUCUCUGGAUCUCAUGGGCUGGGUCAGGAGCCAUUCUGCCCCAGGUACUUGCCCCCAUGCGCACUUUCUUAAACCCUACGUGAGGGCCUCUGGGCUUGAGGUUGGGAACAAAACCAGGCUUCUGUGAGGUGGGGUGGGAAACUGUGAGAUGUAACUACAGGAGCCGUUGCUCAAGCUUGCUUCUUAGCUUACGCCAGCGAACUGCUCUCUUGCUGCAGUGUGGGCUCCGAGCUCUGCUCUUGGCUAUGUGCUCCCACCACUGUGCUCCCCGUCUCUCCUGCCUCUCCUGCUCUCCCAGAUCCCCCUCCUCAUGUCCUAUCUGCCUCCUAAUUAAGGGCCACUGCAAAGAAAGAUUGGCAGGCUAACCCGCGGGAUUCAGCUCAGGAGAACAAAGCACAAUAUUUCAGGACUGAAAAUGCCUUGCGGUGCCUUGGAACUGGCUUUGGAAGAGAGUUGUCUGCCCCCUCCAGCUAUGGGCUCAUCAGGUAGUCCUGCUUUAUCAAAUGGAAAAGCUGAUUGGGUCCGUGGUUGCCUGUGAGUCUCCUUGGGAAAGUUGGGCUGCUACCUACCUAUAAGAUCAGGUUAAGCAGGUAGGCAGGUAGAAAUACCGACCAGGUCCAAAGAUGUUAGUCCCAGGCCAUAGGAAUGGCUUGGUGCAGUUGGAACGGGUGACAAAUUAAGAAAACUUUUUUUUUCCUACAUAUGUCUUAAGAAUAGACAGCCUUGCUGUGCCUCUUGCUGACGUCUUCCUUUAUUGAAGCUUGCUGAUGCGACUGUACAUAGCCUUUCUAUAUAGGUAGAGAUAUAUUAUACAUACAUAUAAAACAUCUCACUAUACCCACCCCAAAAGUUACACUGUGGGGGAGGGUGUAAUCACUUCUCAGUGUUUCCGAGUACCAAAGGUUCCUUAGGCAACGUUCUGUAUGGUUUUUCAGGGGGAGAACCCAGCUGCAUAGCAAGGGCUCACUCAUGUGCAGGUUCUACGUCCUGUUUGGUGGUUGGGAGGGGAGAGAAGCUUAAACAAAUGGCCUUCUGUGACCUGGCUGCUGGGAGCAGGCUGGAUUUCUUUAGCAGUUUGUCGGAUUGCUUGGGUCUGUUGGCUGCAAUAAACACACUGUCUCCCCCCGGAA